GGCUCCAGGGAGCUAAGAAGAGGCCGGGCUUUCUCUGAGGGACUGUUGCUAUGGAAACCAGAGCGCGGGGUAGCCAGGGAUGGUGGCGCCCGGAUGGUGACAGAUCUUCCCUCACCCGGAGACCCUCAGCCGAGGCUUCCGGCGCGGUUGCUUCCUGAACGAACGGGAGAGAGUUUUCCAUGGCAUGGCCUAACAGAAAGACGUAGCCUUUGUGCCUCCCUGGCCGCUGACCGCCUGGCCUGAUGACAGCACCCCCAUGCACCUUUCCGGUUCAGUUCCGGCAGCCCGUGGUCAGCGGCCUCUCACAGAUCACCAGCAGCCUGUAUAUCAGCAAUGGAGUGGCCGCCAACAACAAGCUCAUGCUCUCCAGCAACCAGAUCACCACAGUCAUCAACGUCUCGGUGGAAGUGGUAAACACCUUAUACGAGGACAUCCAGUACGUACAGGUGCCUGUGGCUGACACACCCAUCUCACGUCUCUGUGACUUCUUUGAUCCCAUAGCUGACCACAUCCACAGUGUAGAGAUGAAGCAGGGCCGCACGCUCCUGCACUGCGCCGCUGGUGUGAGCCGCUCAGCUGCCCUCUGCCUGGCCUACCUCAUGAAGUACCACGCCAUGUCCCUGCUGGAUGCCCACACGUGGACCAAGUCAUGCCGGCCCAUCAUCCGACCCAACAGCGGGUUUUGGGAGCAGCUCAUCCACUACGAAUUCCAGCUGUUUGGCAAGAAUACCGUGCACAUGGUCAGCUCCCCUAUGGGAGUGAUCCCUGACAUCUAUGAGAAGGAGGUCCAUUUGAUGAUUCCACUGUGAGCCAUCCUACUAGUCCCCGCACCCAGGUCGGGGGUGCAGAUCUGCUGUAGACCCUCCACCACGAUCUGAACUUAAACAUUCUCCUUUUGUUGAUACAGCCAAAACAGAUGAUGCCUUUUAUGAGGGUCAGAAAAAAAAGGAAAGGUGCUGUAGAUUUUAACCUUAUUACCCAUAUCUUCAAAGAUGAAAUUCACUAACUGCCCAUUGGUGCAGAGAAGUUUCCAACCCUCUAAGUGACAUGUCACGGCUGCUGGCCAGAGGGGAGAGUGAGGCAAGUGCCCGGGUCAAAGUCCAGCACCUUAAGUGUUUAGCAAGCCUAGAAUCCUGCUGUCCUCCACCAGACCGACUAACCCAGGAAUGAAUGAGUCAGCCACAAUUCCACUUUAUUCUUUCAAACCCAAAGCCAGAGCCUUAACCAUCAUGGUGCCUCCUGUGGUGUUCACAGUAAGUGCCAAUCCCCUAGAUAAGUGGCCUUUGGGUAGUGCACUGGUCCUGGGGGCCCAGGCCAACCCUGCUUCCACCUUCAACCCACAGGGGCCCAACUCUGGUUUCCUGGAUUUGAUUUACAUAUGACAUAGUUUUUCAAAGAAAGCAUUUCAUAGUCAUAAAAUUUUUAAAAAUAUAUUUGAUUUUGAGUACUGUCAUACAUGGCAAGAUCUCAAAGUAUCCUUGGCCGUUCCCUGCCAGCUUUUGGGGGGUGGCAUUAGUUUCCUUCUUAGAGGCACAUGUGAAGAGCAGACCUGACAUCAGGCUUCAGGGGUUCCCCUCAAAGGUCUCGAUUUGGAAAGCCAGAGCUGCAGACCGGAACCUAGCCUUGUCACUUCCUCCCCCAUGUGAUCAGGACCUCUUGGCACCUCAGCUUUCUCAUCUGUCCAACCACUGACAGCCCUUUCCUCCCAGCGUUGUCAUGAAGAUUCAAUGAUCCCUUAACACGGCGCCUGGCACAUGGUGGGUGCUUUAUGGUAGCAACUCUCGUUACGGAUGCUGCUUUGGCCCUGCUGGUCUGGGUCAGUGUGGUCAUCCUCACGAUGGCAUUUCCAAACCAUCCGUACACAGCCUUUCACUGUUUACAAAAUGCUCUUCAUAAAAGUUAUCCUGUGUGGGGAAAAAAAAAAAUGGUCUGAGGUUCUUUCAGACCCUACCUUUGAAGAGGCCUAAACUUCGUAGCCUUUUCCGAGUUUCCAUUGUGUUCAAUCCACGUGUGAUCUUGGGGUCCUAAAGCAAGGAGCACACUUCCAGCUUCCCCUAAAAGGCCUUGUUUAGAUUGCUGACCAUUAAUGUGGGUGCCGGCUAACCACUGGGUCCAUGGGGGCACAUGCCAAAGGGACAAAUGAGUCGGCCCCAGCUAUAUGCCCUGAAGUCCAGGAUUGUUCAAACCCCGUAGGGGCCUGAGAAUCUGACUUAAGACCAGUUAUUCUAACCCAGAGGUUUUCAGAUGAACCUUAUAUGAAACAGACAAAAGCACAACUGUUCUGUGAGUCCAGAGCCCAGUGGAGGCCAAAUUUUGCCUUCUCCCUCCAAACCUACCCUACUGCCACUUUCAUAAAGGGCAUGCCCAGGGGUGCAAUUUUAGGGUGCAGAGGAGAAGAAAAAUCACUGCUUUGGACUGACUUCUCGUUACACAGGCGAACAAACAGACGCACGAACACCAGGGCUGGUGUGGCAGGGCCCCCACAAAGCAGUCUUUCUGGAAGAAACCCAGAUGGAAAGUUUCUCUUAGAGCUUUUUUAGAGAGAAAUUGAUUGUGACAUAUUUUAUCUUCAUUUAAAAAUUUUUUUGAGUUAACAUACGAUAAAAUUAAUUAUAUGUGCAGUUCUGUUUUAACACAUCUGUGUAACUACCUCUACAAUCAGAACACAGAGCAGUUCCAUCAUCCAAAAAAUCCUCUUAUGCCACCACUUUGUAGUCAAACCUUUGCCCUGCCCCCAGCCUGUGGCACAUACCAAUCUGAUCUCUGUUCCUAUAGAUUUGCCUUUUCUAGAAUGUCACAUACAUAGCAUCAUAGAGGAUGUAACCUCUAAAGGCUUCUUUCAGUAUAUCUUUGAGUUUCAUGCAUGUUGCUUUUUAUAGCUUAGUAGUAUUUCAUUGUAUGGAUAACCACAGUUUGUUGUCAUAUUCACCCACUGAAGGAUAUUUGCGUUAUUCUAAUUUUGAAUAAAACUGCUUCGAACACUU